UCCGGGAUUACGAUAUUGCCAGUAAAUUAUUUUCUAUAAAUUAUUAAGCUAUAAUUCAAGUUCGUUUUGUUUUAGCGCCAACGUGCAUCGUAGUCUAUAUUUGUUUACAUUGAACAGCGCAAUUCUAUGCGCCGGGUCAAUAAAACAAGGCCUUGUUUAUCGUAUAACAUUUAUACACUUAAUCAUUAGUGUUUAUAUUAUCAGUAGUCACAGAUAACUUACCUUAUCAAGUGUUAUUAAGUUGUUAAAUUGGCAUUUUUAUACAGCCGCAAAUGUAAAAAGAUCGAAGCCAUGCUUUUGUACGAGCCUCGUUCUGGAUUUUUUGAGAGUUACUUCCGGGUUUUUGUCAAUGCUAUUUUUGACGUCUGUCACACUGUGUGAGUUAGGAAAUUAUUUAGUCAUGCAGGCUCAAGUCAAGUUGCCACCAAAGAGAGGAAGGGCGUAUCGAUGUUUAAAGGGAGAUGACUUCGUGGGAGAGAGGGGAAAAGUAAUUUCCCACAUCUACAAGAUGCAUCUACCUCUUGACCAAUCACCAUAUUUUUGUACUUUAUGCACCUUUAGAUGCAUGAAGUUGGAGCAGCUGGCAACGCAUGUGUCUGCGUACAAAGACCACAUAGACAGGGUGAGAAGAGCGGAGGAAAGUGGAGAAGAGGUGGAUGAGGCAAUCCACUUGAAGGAAUCUACUUGUCCGUAUAUAGUAGCAGAUGGCCUCGACAUGGAGCGGUUGUCAGCUGAUGAGUCCAAUAGUCUGUGGCAACAAAGGGCAGGUCAACGAUUUAAAAACAACACUGUUUCUAAAGCUGUCCAACCAUUGCCAGCACCUCAGCCAGUGACGGCCAUAUGUGUCCCAACAGCAGCACCAGUCACCACCACAACAUCGGAACCUUCAGCAACUGAAGUGACAGUGGUCGAAGCUAUGCCAGACAACUUGUCAUUAUGGAGUUUUUUAAACUCCCCAGCGGAGAUCCAGGAGCCACCUUCAGCGAUUAUUCCACCAGCUGUCGAGGAAACUCAGAAAAGACAUUCCAGGUCCCAGUCGAGGUCACGGUCAAGGUCACGGUCGAGAUCUCCCGAGUCUUCUGCUUCAUCAGAUAGCUGUAGAGAUCAAAUGGUAAAAUUGACACAGGCGGUCGUGGAAAUAGUCAGGGAUAACAGGGAGCAAAUGAUAAUAUUUGCUAAAGCCAUCGACGACCUAACAGCUGCAAUUAGGCAACAGAACGAGCUGGUGAAAGAGGAGCGAGAGGAAAGAAGAGAGAGAGAGAGAAGAGAGACAGAGAGAGAGAGAAGAGAGAUGGAGAGGCAGAGAAGAGAGACGGAGAGAGAAAGGAGAGUUACAGAGAAGGAGAGAGAGAACAGAGAGACCGGAGUGAGAGAACUGAAUGGAAGAAGAGACUGGGGAAAGGAGAACAGAGAGAGGGACAUCGACGACAGACGACAUUGGAGGCACGAGCGGCCACAGCGGACGUAACAUCAGUAUCAUUACCAAUUGUAUAGUUAGUUAUGUAGCAGAUAUGGUUUAAAACAAGAAUAUUCUUUCAUCACAAAAUGUUGAUAUAUUUUCAUGUCUCCAAUUAAUUAUUAUUAUUAUAAGUAUUAUAAGACAAAGAAAUAACUGACUAUCAUAAAAGAAAUGUUUUUAAUGUGCAGUUAUGUAUGUAAGUUAAAGAUAAGAUAUCAGAGAGGCAUGGAAGGGCGGAAGAAUUGAGUAGAAAAGGAUGGGAAGGAUGCCAGGAGGUCAGGAUGCCCGAACGACCAACGAGGUGACGAGCAUGACCAGAGAUGGCAAUCGGCAGUUAAUUAUUUUUUUUUACUGUUCACAAUUAAUUUCAACCAUCUGUUUUCCGUCAAUUUUUUUGGUCAAUUUUUGUCAAGAUUGUGGUUGAUCUGUAAUAUAAAGAGAGAUACAUAAUGUAUAUUAUGCAUAUAAUAAUAUCAGUGAAUUAGGGCAUAUGGAAUGUAUUAUCCACAAAUAUAGACUGAAUUUUGAUGCAAGGUGUGAUAUUCUAAAUGAAGUGCACAGUUGGCUCUUUUAAUGAUAGAUGAAUUAUUUCAAGUUAUGUGCGUUUGCGAGGACGCUUAAACGUUUAAGCAGAGGGUAAUGUGAGAAUCCGGGAUUACGAUAUUGCCAGUAAAUUAUUUUCUAUAAAUUAUUAAGCUAUAAUUCAAGUUCGUUUUGUUUUAGCGCCAACGUGCAUCGUAGUCUAUAUUUGUUUACAUUGAACAGCGCAAUUCUAUGCGCCGGGUCAAUAAAACAAGGCCUUGUUUAUCGUAUAACAUUUAUACACUUAAUCAUUAGUGUUUAUAUUAUCAGUAGUCACAGAUAACUUACCUUAUCAAGUGUUAUUAAGUUGUUAAAUUGGCAUUUUUAUACAGCCGCAAAUGUAAAAAGAUCGAAGCCAUGCUUUUGUACGAGCCUCGUUCUGGAUUUUUUGAGAGUUACUUCCGGGUUUUUGUCAAUGCUAUUUUUGACGUCUGUCACACUGUGUGAGUUAGGUAAAUAUUAGUAAUUUCAGAUAUUACUAAUGUAACUUAUAUCUAAUUCGGAAUGGAUAUGGAACUUAUAUUUAUUUGUGUAUAUAUGCUUAAUUGUAUUUAUUUCGUUCCCAUUAUAGCAUAGUAAUUAAGGUAUAAAGGCCUGUAGGGCCUAAUGACGUUAGCCAGUAGUAAAUGACGUCAUUGGUUUUCUAACCCGCACUGCGGGAUUUACAAAUUCUGCAAUGCAGGAUUGUACCCCGCACUGCUGGAUUUUACCCCGUUUUGCGGAAUGCAUAAUUCUGCAGUGUUGGAUAUUAACCAGUAUUGCUGGAUUUUGGCGGGGGUAUAAAUACGAAUCCCGCAAUGAUUUGUCAGUUUCGGUCAGACGUUCGCCCCGAUAGGUGGGUUGGGUUUAUUAACAGAAUACUAAAUUAUACGGGUUUUACAUGUGUAUGUUAUUGGGAUAACUUGUAGAGACCAAACUCACAACCUUAAUGAUUAGAUAAUUAAUAAAGAUUAAAGGGUAUUAUUUUCGGUAUUUAUUAUUCAUAGAAUUUAGGGAGAUAGACAGCACCCAUUACACAAAAGAGGUGUAUGCCCCGGGUGUUGUGGUUUUUAUGUGGCAAAGUUUAAGGCAUAUUAUAUAGAGGGAUUGAGUUAGAGAGAUGCCCAUGUAGUGGAAGUAGGUCUGUGUACCCAGACAAAGUAUUUAAAGUGUAUAUUCUUGCUGAUAUUGAUGUUCUUGGUCCAAAAUUAAGUUUGUGUAUAUCAUAACGUUGGAGACUUAGUAUAUUAGGAAUAAUUAUUAUUAAGCAACUUACCUGUUUCAGGUGAAUAAGACUCAGUCUUUUAAAGUAAUUUAAGAAUUGUGGUAUAUUUCAAAGCCUGAAAGUAACUUAGCCAUGUUUAUUCAAUUAUUUAUGUGAAUUUUAUUACUAAAUGAAUCAGUGAACAUACAGUUCAACUGCGAAUGUAAUUUGAGGUUAUUGUUAAAUAAAUAUUGUUGAAUUUUAA